ACCAAACGGGCGGGGCCGCACCGACCGAACCUAACCGAGAGCACGAGCAUACCCGUCCCGACUCCGACUGCAGAGCAUCAGCCGAGGAGAAAAGUCGGGAGAAACGCGCGUGACGUCUGCCCGCGUCGUAUGCGCCGCGCUGCCGUCGCCGCGACGACGACGACGACCAGGAUGGCAGCCGAGGAGAUGAGACGGGCCUCCGCCUCAACGGCCACGGCGGAGAUGCCGGCGUCGCCGGCGCCGGCGCAAGCGGGGUCGAGGUGGGCGCGGGUGUGGCCGCGCGCGCUCCGGUGGAUCCCCACCUCCACGGACCGCAUCAUCGCCGCCGAGAAGCGACUCCUCACGAUAGUCAAAACUGGAUAUGUCCAGGAACGAGUCAACAUUGGCUCUGCUCCACCUGGGUCAAAAGUAAGAUGGUUUAGGUCAGCAAGUGAUGAACCAAGGUUCAUUAAUACUGUAACAUUUGAUAGCAAGGAGAAUGCCCCCACCCUGGUUAUGGUCCAUGGCUAUGGAGCUUCACAGGGGUUCUUCUUUCGAAACUUUGAUGCCCUUGCAAGCCGUUUUAGGGUGAUUGCCAUUGAUCAGCUUGGCUGGGGUGGUUCAAGCAGACCUGACUUCACAUGUAAAAGUACCGAAGAAACUGAGGCAUGGUUCAUAGAUUCUUUCGAGGAGUGGCGCAAGGCCAAGAACCUCAGUAAUUUUAUAUUGCUUGGUCACUCUUUUGGAGGAUAUGUUGCUGCAAAAUAUGCGCUAAAGCACCCUGAACACGUUCAACAGUUGAUUUUGGUUGGUCCUGCUGGCUUCUCAUCAGAAACAGAGCAUAGCUCUGAGUGGUUAACCAAGUUUCGAGCAACAUGGAAAGGCAUGCUAAUGAAUCGUCUUUGGGAGUCCAAUUUUACUCCCCAAAGGGUUAUUAGGGGAUUGGGUCCUUGGGGUCCAGGUCUAGUACAGAGAUAUACCAGUGCCAGGUUUGGUACAAGUUCUACUGGUGAAUUACUAACAGAUGAAGAAUCGGCAUUGAUGACAGAUUAUAUGUACCAUACGUUAGCUGCCAAAGCUAGUGGAGAGCUGUGCUUGAAAUAUAUAUUUUCCUUCGGGGCAUUUGCAAGGAAACCUCUUCUGCAGUGCGCGUCCGAUUGGAAAGUGCCGACUACUUUCAUAUAUGGGCAGCAAGAUUGGAUGAACUACCAAGGCGCUCAGCAAGCACGGAAGGACAUGAAAGUUCCUUGUGAAAUAAUCAGGGUGCCGCAGGGUGGACAUUUUGUGUUCAUAGACAACCCUUCAGGGUUCCACUCGGCUGUCUUCUAUGCGUGCCGUAAUCUUCUAUCAGUAAAUGGAGAGGAGGGAUUCACAUUUCCUGAUGGCCUAAUAUCUGCGUGAAGUGGCAUGUUCAACAAGCUUGCUCAACAACAGUUUACAUAAAGCAAAGAUAUACGAUUGUGGAAAUCAUUGCCCAUUUCCACCAAUUUGCUUGUAUACGGAUUAUGCUGUGUAUAUAUUACAUAACAAAUGUAUUAGUAUCAUUUAAUGCACGAUUUGUGAAAGGGCCUGAGUUUGUAUUUAGCGAAUUUUAGGUUGGUUUUUUUCCCUUUUUCUUCUUUCAGUGCGCUUGCUAGUCAAUCCCAUACUAUAAGCCGUGAUCAUUU